ACGCAAACGGGCAUCUAGACAGGAGACUUGGUACCUACGCGAAGACCUAAAAUCGGUUGGGGUUUUAUUGCCAGCAGGAUUCACAUCCUAGUGCUUAUGCUAACGGCGAUAUCAUUGUCCCUUUCUUUAGAGGUAUGUUUGCUAUGAAAAGGUCGUGGUUCUCCUCGUGUCUAUUUUAUUGACGGUUGGUUAGUGUCACUACUAUAUCCUGGGCCUGCAUCAUCUCCACACUUUGGACUACGCCGGGUGGAUAUCUAUCUAGAUUUAUAUUUCCUGGAUCACCUGCCAUAUUUGUCCCCAUGCCUCCACUUCCUACGCCGUCUAGUCAAGCCAGUGGGAGAAGCUGGCUUACCAAUUCACCCGAACAUCAUCAGUACCUACUCGAGGGUAUAGUCCUGUGGUCACUUUUCGUAACAGCCUGCCGGUCAAUCGUCAUCCUGCUUGCACGCAGAAAGAGCAGGAUGUCACGUUCCAGUCGAGAUCGAUCCAACUUGGCGUCAAAUCAAGAUGAAAAGAAGCCAAGCUCCCACCAAAGAAAAGACUCAUAUCAAGACGAGCUCUCAAAUUCACCAGCAAUCAAACAAGAAGAUACAGAGACCACAGCGCCCUCGCCUCGCAUAAAACAAGAACAACCUCAAUACGUCCCCGCCACGAAUCCAUCUUUCCCAAUUCACCCAAACUCCUACCUCGACUCCCUUAGACAGGAAACCCUCCAACCAGCAUUCAUCCCAAUCUAUCCCUGGAUAUCCGCCCCAAAACCCCUUCCGGGACCUUACGAUGCACCGUACUAUCCCCUCCCUCUACCAACUCUGCAACCAGAAGCAAGGGCGCAGACCGCAACUGAGAUCCAUGAUUCGGCCAUCAAAACCGAGGAAGUUGACCGGGAGGAGGAGUUAGAGACGGCAUCGUAUACACGUCACGUUCCACCUCACAGCACGCAAGAUAGUGAAGCCGUGCUCCAAGGCGCAGUCAUCGUGUCGAGUAAAGGAUGGCGGCGUACGCAGUGGACUGUUGUGACUGGAUGAAGAAGUAUUAUUUGUCAGCAUUGUUACUCGCAGAGAGGGAUGUGGUAUAGUCACGUGCUUGCACUAUUUCACUGUAUUCCGCGGAGAAAGAGACGUCAACUGUGCGAAAAACAUACCGAAGUCAAAGUAGACAUCUGGACCGUGUUUACACUACUCCGACUACACCCAUCGAUCGAUCCACUCCACCUCGCUUCCUCACUACAAAACCAGUAUAGGACGUCUCCUCACAACGGGACAACCCGGAUAAUUUUCCAGUGAGCGCCAAAAAUGGGCUUGCGUAGUACUUCGCUUACCUUGGCAAGGUCGAGUCAUGGGCCUUUUGUGUACAUUGUGGCGGCUGUAUAGGCGAGAAAAUGGCAAGCUGGGGCGGCAUGCGGCCAUGUCGUAUGGGUAAGGAAGUGGAUUAGUGUGGCUUGCUUGCUUCUUUCCUUGCUUUGAUGGCUUGGCUUGGCUUUUGUAUGUAGCUGAAACGUGAAGCUAGGGGGAUAUCUUGGUUGUAAAUUAAGACAUUUGACUUCACUUGUAAUAUGUGUGUAGCAUGUU